UUUUUUUUUUUGGGUAUUUUGAAGGGGAAUUUAGGAUGGGCAUUGAUGCAGCAAAACAAUUACAUUGAAGCAGAGGAUGCUUACAGGAGGGCCCUAUUGAUUGCACCAGACAAUAACAAAAUGUGCAAUCUGGGCAUUUGUUUGAUGAAACAGGGGAGAAUAGAGGAGGCGAAAGAGACUCUUAGAAGAGUGAAACCAGCAAUGGCUGAUGGCCCUAGAGGUGUAGAUUCCCAUCUCAAGGCCUAUGAGAGAGCACAGCAAAUGCUUCGAGAUCUUGAAUCUGAAUUAAUAAAUAAGGGCGGGGAUAGGGUCGAACAGUCUAAACUUUUUGAUGCAUUUCUGGGCUCUUCUGCAAUCUGGCAGCCUCAGCCUUGCAAGGAGCCUAUCAGAAAAUUUUCAAAUCCUGGAAACGAAUUUCCUGAUGAGAAUGUCAACACUAACAUCAUAACAACAAAUCCAGUGGUUCCCCAUGUACAGAAAAGUGUUAAGCCAGUUUUUUCUUGGGGAAAUUCACUCAAUAUUGAUGCACCACCAUUCUUUUCAUCGAAAUUUACCACGCAAUUCCCAGAGAGCCUUAAGAGAACGAGGUCUGGAAAUGUAGCAAAUUCAAGUUCAAAUGAAAUGGGAGGAAAGCAAAUGAUGUCUUUUGUAGAGCCGGAAAAUAAAACGCAAAAUCCGGCUUAUUCACUGGAGAAAACAGAAGAUAGGUGGGCAGGUUUGCUUCCGGACAGUGAGGAUUUUGAGAAUGCUAUAAUCGCUGCGGUUUUGGGUUCUGAGGGUGAAACCAAAAAGGCAGAGGAAACAAGAAAUGAUACUGGAUUUCCUCAAAGAAAGGUUGACAAAAGGCUAAAAGUUUUCCAGGACAUUACACUGUCUUUGAGUCCAAGGGCCUGACGUUGACAUUAUUACAAGAUUCAUAUGACGUUAACUCUGAUUUAAUAAAUCUAAUUUAUAUGUUUUUUCUUCAUAAAAUUUAGGAUGGAGAUGUACUUGUUCUCCUCAAGACUAGAGAUUUUUCUCUAGUUUAAUUCA